ACUUAACCUUUUUCAUCACGAAAAUCGUUUGUAACGUAAUUCAUGUCUAAUGAAGAUAAGAACUAUACACAAAACGCUACUUUUGAUGUUAAAGAAAAGCUCAAUUUUGUGAGAGAUGGAGCCAUCAAAUUGCCACCAGGGUUUAGGUUUCAACCCACCGAUCAAGAGAUUGUGUUUCAAUAUCUGGUUCGUAAGGUCUUCUCUUGCCCGUUGCCUGCCUCCAUCAUCCCUGAAAUCAUCAACAUUUGCAAGUUCAAUCCUUGGGAUUUACCAGGUGAGUGGGAGCAAGAAAGAUACUUCUUUAGCAAGAAGGAGGCCAAGUAUGGGCAAGGAAAUAGAGUAAAUAGAAAGAGUGGUGAUGGGUAUUGGAAAGCAACUGGUUUUGAUAAGCAUAUCACUAGAUGUUGCAGUAACAAUACCAUUUCCAGAAAGAAAGAUACCAUUACAGGGAUGAAGAAGACGCUCGUGUUCUAUAAAAACAAACCAUCAACGACUAGAACUCAUUGGAUCAUGCAUGAGUAUCACCUUGUUCAUUCGCCUGCUUCACCAACAACCACCACAAACGAUAAGAAAUCUUGGAUUCAGAUGGGAAAUUGGGUUUUGUGUCAUGUAUUGUUGAACAAAAGAAGUCGAAAAUCGUUUGAAGAUGAUACUGGGAAGAGGUUGGGCUCACAGGAACAAAUGCGUCCAAAUUUUACGAGAGAUGAUGAUGAUGAUGAUGCAAUUUCUAUCAAUUGCGACGAAGCUACUUCAUCUUCUUCAUCAUGUGGUUCUAGUGUGGUUACUCAAGAAGAGUCCUCGAGUAAGAGCUAUUAGAUGAUAAAGAAACGAAUUAAGAAUGUAUAGUUUAAUCUAAUUAAUGUAACCUUUAUCAUUUAAGAAAAUGAUUUAUCGAGAGGAAAUGACUAGUUUUAAAAUGUAAUAUAUAUUGUUCAAGAAUUUGCUUAUGUAUGAUUAACAUCAUAUUUGAUAGAAGUGAAAAUUAGUAGAUUAGAUGAUGG